UACGCCAUAUAGUGCUCUUCAUGAGUAAAGCCCCCUCGUCCGUCCCCCCGCUACCAUGAGCUUUGCCUUUUUAGGAGACACCUGAUCACCGCUCAGUCUCGCCAACAAAGACUUUGUGCAGAUAACGUCUGGAGUGAGUUUCGAUGCAGAAGCCCAGAGAAAUAAACUGAGAGACAGCUGACACCGCUCCACAGAACGCUUCAGUGAGUGAUUGAGUGUCUACAUGGAGAAGUUUCAGGCAGCGAUGAUUCUGGCAGGAGUGGGAGAUGCUCUGGGAUACGGAAAAGGUCGAUGGCAGAACUGCAUCUCAGGAACUCGGAUUCAGAAAGAGCUCGCUGAUCUCGGGGGUCUCGCCGCUUUAAAACUGGACACAGAUAAAUGGCCUCUGAGUGACGGAGCUCUAAUGCUCAUGACCACUGCUCAAGCGCUCGUCGCAGAUUACUGGUGUCUGGAGGAUCUGUACAGAGAUUUGGUUCGUCUCUAUGUGGAGGCGAUGAUCUGUCUGCAGGGUCGAGCUCCUGAUCCCAGUACAGUUGAAGGAUGUGUCAACCUCAAACCAAACAACUUCCUGUUAGCCUGGCACACACCCUACAAUGAGAAAGGUUCAGGUCAUGGAGCCGCGUCUAAAGCCAUGUGUGUGGGGAUGAGAUACUGGCAGCCCGAGCGGCUGGAGAAUCUGGUGGAAGUGAGCAUUGAAACCGGCCGAAUGACCCACAAUCACCCUAUAGGGUUUCUGGGUUCUCUGUGUACGGCUCUCUUCGCCUCAUACGCUGUUCAAGGUAAACCGCUGGUGAACUGGGCUCGAGAUCUCAUGACUGUCAUACCUAAAGCAGAAGAACACUGCAGGAAAACCAUCCGACACAUGGCAGAAUAUCACGAGACGUGGUUUUAUUUUGAGGCGAAGUGGCAGUUUUAUCUGGAGGAGCGAGGUCUAGAAGAUCCUCAGAGUAAACCUGUGUUUCCUGACCGCUAUGAUGCUGAGGAGACAGACAAGAUGUAUAAGCGCUGGAGCUCAGAAGGCUGUCCGGGUCGCAGAGGUCACGACGCACCGAUGAUCGCGUACGACGCUUUACUGGCUGCAGGAUCAGACUGGGAGGAGUUGUGUAAACGUGCCAUGUUUCACGGAGGUGAGAGCAGUGCGACAGGUCUGAUCGCCGGCUGUCUGUACGGUCUGAUGUAUGGACUCAGUCAAGUUUCUGCAGGACUCUAUCAGAAUCUGGACAAAAGAGACAAACUAGAAGAUCUGGGAGCUCAGUUAUACAGAUCCUCAUCUACAGAGAAAGCACAGAGAGAUGAACAUCAGCAUCGGCCCGACAACAGAGCAUUAAAACAUCUGAUCCUGAAUCGGUCGACGCAUCCGGACAUCCGGAGAGUUCUGGAGAACCUUCAGCUGUAUCAAACCCACGAGAGACCUUCACGUCCGCCAUCAGACCGCCGACCUUCACGUCUCACCACCUUCAAUCUUCUCAGAUCAAAGUUUGUGAAGGAACGUUCGACGGGCCUGUUCAGCAUCAGACGAGAGGUGAGAUCUCUGAACUUCCCGACACCACACACCAAAGACACAAAACGAGUAGAAUCACGGCCAGCGACUUUCAGAAACACCGCCAGAGUUCAGGAGUUGGUGAAGAAAUUUACUGAAGCGCAGAAGAAGAGAAACACUCCAGAUGAGACGGGGACUCGGAAGCGGCGUGCACGCGAGCGACCCGUCAUCUCUGAGAUCAUGAAGAAGUUUGAGAAUCGGCUGAAGGGACAAAACAAAAAUGAGAUUCAAAAACAAAGCAGAUCAGAUCGUUCACACGCAGCAGAACAAACACAUCUAACAAAGGCCGGAGUUUUUCGUUGUGAUCCGAGAACAGAUGAGAAAUGUUCAUGUCGUGUUGAUGGAACCGUUGAGAAUCAGACUCUCAAUAUGAGUCAAGGUGAAGUGAAGGUUGCUUCUUCUUGUGGGGUUGUGGAAUGGUCACAAAAUGAGAUGAGGAAUGGAUGUGUCAUGACAGAAGCACAUCGUGAUAUCAACACAGUCACAAUCGGUCCAUCCGUCGUUUGUACUGGAGCAUCUCAUACAGAUCCUCUCAUACAGACUGCGUUUCAGCAACACAUGAACACAAACGAAACCAAACGCAGCGAAUCUGACAUCACUGAAACUCGAGCCGGAGUGACCGGACUGAAUGACAUCCAAACAAGUGCACAAAUAUCACAGAAACAACUCCUUCAAUCCUCAGCAUCAGACAAACCUUCAGAUGAUCUUCAUCACACGACUCUGACGGAUUGUGUUCAGGAUGAUGUGAUGAACGUGACUGAAACCUGUAGAACAUCCGAGCCGCAGCUGAAUCCAACAACACAACUGAACGGAGAACAAAACCUCCGCGAUAUUUCUGAUCCGAAGAGACAGACGGAUGAAGACCAAACCUUCAGUUCAUCUGAACGCGCACGCCUUGAGAUCAGCGUGAGCUCUGAUGGAGAUACGGGUGAGAUUAAGGUUCUGGAUGACAUCUCGUGUGAUCUAAGAACGCUGGAACAUCAACCAAUAGAACAGCUAAAAUAUAAAAGUCUGAGUUACUGUGAUCCCUCUGUGAAAAUCACACACGCAUUCAAAACCAUCAGAUUCACUGACACGUUUAACUUCUGAUCCUCUUCUCAAGCUUCACGGUUAUAAACAUCCAGGACCGUAAAUAAACACUUCAUUCAGUAGGUUAAUAAAAUGCCCGUCAUUAUUUUUAUAAUAUUAUGUUACAUAUUAAAUCAUAUUUAUGCACUUGUAGGGAAAACAUCACACAUGAGGUGUCUCAUCACCAGGGCUUGACAUUAAGGAUUGUCAUGUGGUUGUGCUUGUCUGAGUACAAAAAUUACUUAAAAAAUAUAUUUCAAUUGUUUCGGAUUUGAUCGGUCAAAUUUCUUCCAAGCAUUUUGACUAGUGUCAUCGGCUUUGGCCGCUUGAUUUUGUUUAAGGCCCUAGUCUCCAUGAUUGCUAUUGCACACACUGGUGCUAUGGAGGUUUAAAGUUUGGUAGCACAGGCCAAGCAGUAAGAGCACAAGUAUAAAUCAUCUGUUGUAAAAAACAUUUGCAAGUGCAGUUCAUCAUGAAGAAGCAGGCAAAUAACAAAUUACAUUAAUGUUACAGACAGAUGGAUAAAUUAUUGCCAGAUCAUUUUUAGUUUACCUAAAUUUGUUUACAUUUUUUAUGUUCUGUGUUUAUUUUUUACUAUACAAUAGUGGUGUAUUUGUCCACAUAAAUUACUGUAGUAUACUAUAGUAUUUACUAUAGUAAACUGCAGUAAAAUUCUUAGAUAUGGUAUACAGUGUUUAUAAAUUUACUACAAGGGCACUUCAAUUUUCAAUAGCAAAUAUGAUAGCACACUACAGUAUUUUAUGUCCGAUUUUAUGUUCAAUUUUACGGGACUUUUAUUUUGACGGGUCUUCGGGAAGACGCUCGAGUUUUGAGUGUUUGUCUAUAGCUUCACUUGAACAGUGAAUCGCUCGUAAAAGAAACUCUCAGACAACUCUUGAGAUGAAGUUCAUGUGUUCAUAUACUCAUACAGUGCAGACGCAGAUAAGUCGUCGACCAUCACUCGUGUUGUAUGUUAAACUGUGAACAUAAUUCACUCAGAAACGCAGAUGACAGCCAGAUGACAUUUUAAUAUCAGGAUACGGCGUUCGCUGCUAGUUAUCGUAACUUACAUGGACUGUAUGGUGCCCUGUUGUCACACAAACAAGCUCAACGACGAUAAACGCACUUCACACAAACACGCAGCUCUGUCUUAUGCACCUAUCAGAUUAUUCGACAUGUAUGUCGCACUGUUGUUAUCAUUAUGUUUGUCAGGUUGCUUGUCCGGUCGGGCAAGUAUUAUUCUCUAUUACUUGCCCAUACAAAACAUUCCUUUGUCCCAGACAAGCGUUAAUGUCGAGCCCUGCAAUUAAUUUCUUAAUUAUUUCUUCUAGGCUUCAAUGACGUAGAACACGUCUCAUACGAAAUCUCACAAGUGUCUUUGAGUUACAGGAGAGAUCUCAACCGUUUGUCAAAGUGAGCUCAGAUUGAGAUAAAGAUUCUAAAGUCCUGAAUGAGGCACAUUUUACUUUAAUUCUGUGUCGUAUCAAAUAUUUUAAUCAUGUGAAACAGAUACGACUCGUGUAAAGUUGUGAAGCAUUAAACACAUUCAAACUGUGACUGUGUGUGUAGGGCGUCAAUGUGUCAUGUGUGUUAUAAA